UGGCUGCAAGAGGAGUGGUAAUCAUGCUGAGCAAAAUGCACUUCACCUGGCCUGGCCUGGUGGAUAUGAAGACCCUGUACCUGAUUUUUUACACAGUUGCUACCUUCUGCCUAGUCAAUGUGCUACUGAAAGUCGUUCAGCUGUACCAAAGGAGGCAGAAGCUGCUCAGAUCUCUAGAGAGCUUCUCAGGACCUCCAAAGCACUGGUUUUAUGGCCAUACCAAUGAGCUCGGCCGAAUUGGGGAACUGGGUACAAUGGUGUCCUGGUCAGAGAAACAUCCCUAUUGUCAUUCAUUGUGGUUUGGAGCUUUCUUGGGAUUCCUGAAUAUCUACCAUCCAGAAUAUGCCAAAGCUGUAUACAGCAGAGGAGAUCCAAAGGCACUUGAUUUCUACAAUUUUUUUCUUCCGUGGAUUGGGAAAGGGCUACUGGUUUUAGAUGGGCCCAAAUGGUUCCAGCACCGACGACUGCUGACUCCAGCAUUUCACAGUGAUAUUUUAAAGUCGUAUGUGCCACUGAUGGUCAACUCCUCCAAAGUAAUGCUGGAUAAAUGGGAAAAACUGAUCUCAGAAGAUAAAUCACUGGACAUUUUCCCACACGUUGGCCCUAUGACAAUGGAUAUCAUGUUGAAGUGCAUCUUCAGUUAUCAUAGCAACUGCCAGAGUGACAGUAAGAAUUCAUAUGUCCAAGCAGUCAGUGUCCUCAGUAAUUUGAUGCAGGAAAGAAUACAGAACUUUCUCUAUCACAAUGAUCUAAUCUAUCACCUCUCUCCUCAUGGAUACCGUUUCUUCAAGGCUUGCAAAAUAGCCCAUCACCAUACAGAAAAAGUGAUUCGAGAGAGAAAGGCAGUUCUCAAAGAUGAACGAGAACUUGACAAGAUCCAAAAAAAGCGAUAUCUAGACUUUCUGGAUAUUCUUCUCUGUGCCAAGGAUGAAAAUGGUGUUGGAUUAUCUGAUAAAGACAUACGUUAUGAGGUCGACACUUUUCUGUUUGAGGGCCAUGAUACCACAACCAGUGGGAUUUCCUGGAUCUUAUAUGCAAUGGCCCUGAACCCAGAGCACCAGCAAAGAUGCAGAGAGGAGUUAAAGGAAAUUGUUGGGGAGCGAGAGACUAUUCACUGGGAUGACCUUAGUAAGAUGACCUACACUACGAUGUGUAUUAAGGAAAGCCUCCGUAUUUAUCCUCCCGUCCCUCAGGUGUAUCGAGAGCUCAACAAGCCUGUCACAUUUUCUGACGGAAGGACGUUGCCCGAAGGUGCCUUGAUAUCCCUGAACAUUUAUGCUCUCCAUAAAAAUCCUGAAGUGUGGAAUGAUCCUGAGGUGUUUGAUCCUCUAAGGUUUUCACCAGAGAAUUCAUCUCAACGACAUCCUUAUGCAUUUUUGCCCUUUGCUGCUGGACCGAGGAACUGCAUUGGGCAACAGUUGGCCAUGAUGGAGAUGAAGCUGGCUGUUGCUCUAGCACUGCUGCGUUUUCAAGUUUCGCCUGAUCCUGCUAAUCUGCCUCUUGAGAAACCUCAACUCAUCAUGCGCUCCUGGAAUGGGAUACAUUUGUAUUUAAAGAAACUUUCAAAACAACAAUAAUUAUAGUU